AUGGCACUUAUCAAAAAAGAAUCUAUGCUACAUUUUUGGACCACCUUCGUUCUUAGAGUUAUUUUCAUAGCAGCAUCUAUACUGUUGAUUUUGUGGUUUUAUUCUAUAACUGUUGCUCCUAUAUUUGGUGGUAGGUCGUGGAAAAAGAAAGCCAUUAUUGGAGCUGUUGGAGUUGUGCUAAUUACAGCUACCUUUGCAAAAACCUAUCCUGUUCUUUUUAAACGUGCACGUUGGACCUUUGCUGUAGGCUCAACAUUGGCAGGUUUAGUGUUAGCAGCUGGAAGUGUAGCUAUUCCAUCCUGGACAGCAGCCAUAUGCUUAGCUUUUUCAAGUCCUGCUUGUGUUCCUGUUACAGAUUCUAUUUUGAUUGCUGUUGAUGUUGCAAUUGCUGCUGCUAUUAUUUGGAAAACCGAAGAUUUUGAAAUGCAUAAAAAACGGAGUACAGCUGCUAGGUAA